UGACAUCCUGGUUAUGACCCCUUGGUUUGCUCCAAUAGUCUGGGAAGGCACCUUCAAUAUAGAUAUACUGAAUGAGAACUUCAGACAGCGGAAUGUAACCAUAGGACUAACUGCUUUUGCAGUGAAAAAGUAUACUGUCUUUGUUGAGACUUUCAUAAAGACCGCAGAGGAACACUUUAUGACUGGGUAUAAAGUGAACUACUAUAUUUUUACAGAUAAACCAGAAGCCCUACCUACUGUAUCACUCAAGGAAGGAAGGAAACUAAUUCCAGUUCGUGUUGAAAAGUAUGAGAGGUGGCAAGAGGUCUCAAUGCGGAGGAUGGAAAUGAUAAGCAGGCUGAGCGAAACUAGAUUUGUCAAUGAAGUUGACUACCUUGUUUGCAUUGAUAUCGACAUGAGGUUUGCAGACCAUAUUGGUGUAGAGAUUUUGACUGACCUCUUUGGGACAUUACACCCAGGAGUUUAUAGCAGAGUAAGACAGUCAUUUUCCUAUGAAAGAAGGAGUCAAUCUCAAGCUUACAUACCUUCAGAUGAAGGUGACUUUUACUAUGCUGGUGGAUUUUUUGGUGGUACAGUCCUACAGGUUUACCGUUUGACCAAGGCUUGCCACGAGGCCAUGAUGGAGGAUAAAAAGAAUGGAAUUGAGGCUGUGUGGCAUGAUGAAAGCUACCUGAACAAGUACUUUGUGUACCACAAACCAACAAAAAUCCUCUCCCCUGAGUAUCUGUGGGAUAAUGGUAUGGGAAGUCCUCCUAUCCUUAAAAAGAAAAGAUUUCUGGCAGUACCUAAAAACCAUGCAGCAAUCAGAAGCAACGAAAAGUAGUAACUGUAAAGUCUAACACUGAGGACCAUCCUGAGAUCAGUAUCAUACAGAAAAAUAGCCUGCUAUUUUUUUUAUUUGUGUGGGUAUAUCCUCUCCAUCAAUCACACUUUAGCAUUUUUCUAUAAUAUCCUGCAUUUGGAGAUAUCUGCAACCCCAUAAUGAAUGAAACAAAGUGCUCAUUUAUUCCCAGAGAUCACCAGUUUAUCUAUAUUUCUUGCACAGUUUUAGUCUUAUUCCUUGAUUUUGUUGGCAAAAUCCUGCUUUCACAAGACUACAUCAGCAGCACAGUAAGUACCAUGAUAAGUGUCCAUGUAGCUAGUGGACUAACAGCCACCAGCUGAUCCAUUAUACCUGGUACUGCUCAGGGAGAAUCUGUUGAUCUCCUUGAUAAUUAAGAAAAUGGCAGCUAUAUCUCAGCAUCAUGGUGUAGAGGGAUGGACGCAUGACUACAACCCAGGCCACCUGAGUUUUACUAGUGGGUCAUUUGCUGGAUGAGCAGGGGAAGGGGGUUGGGAAAGAGUGGCUUGGCCAGAUGGCCUAGUCAAGGACAGAAGAGUUUCUGCGUAUGUUAAAGACACAUCCCUGAUGAUGGGACUGGUGCUACAACCAUGGAACAGAAUGUCAUUAAUUUUGGCAUUUGAGAAGGGUCAGAGCUGACACUACACCCAGUUAGGGCUUGACAACAAACAUCCAAUGGUGUGCAGGACAAGCAUAUGUGAUGCUGCUGACUGCACUGCUCCACUUCCCAUUCCCAACCCACCAGAAGUGUGGUCCCAGCCCCUGGGCAUAGUACUGAGAACAGAAUGUGAAAAAUGUUGUGGAUGACCAAGUGAUGGUCAACCAAGGAGCAUGCAAAUGAAGAAAAUAAAGAAAAUGGCAUGUAGAAACCAAUCAGAGGGUCAGAAAAAGGACAAACACUCAGAGUGAGCUGAAGUCUAACACUAUGUGAGGUAGUCUGGUGAACAAAUUACACCCCACUACUGAAACCAUGCAGGUGGUUGGUUCACCCCAUCUAGUAAAAACUUGAGCCACAACCCCUUCACAGCUUUAGUGAAGGAUAAGUGGACUGGUGAAUUGUGUUCUCAAUUUUCCCUGUUAGGGCUGUAUCCCACAAUUCUUCUGCUACCCUUCCUCAGAGAGUAAGCUGGAGUCCAUGGUCAGACAAUCUGAUCCAAGAGAGUGGCCUGCUGACUCAUCCCAUCAAGGAUAUGUCAUACUCUGAAUCAAAGACUAUUGAUUUCACCACCCCUUAGCUCAGCUGGGCAGGCAGAUAUCGGUCAAGGGGAAUUCAUUAGGUUGUCCCACAUAACGGGUCAGGUUUGAAGUUGUAACUGUGAAGCUGAUGUUUGAUGUCUCAGGAAGCUUGAGUUGUGAUUCAAGACCUCACCAUUAGGCAAUUUUGUCUGAAGCCAUUCCCAGGGCAAAAGUAGGCCUUCCCCAACAUAUGCAAUCUUUGGCCAACUGAUCAGGUAGUGUUUGACAACUGCCUGAUGUCCUGUGCCGUUCUGUCAACACAUGGUCACCUUCAUACAAUACCAUGCAUGAGCUGACUUCCAUUGCUAGAAGAGACCAUAGUACUCCCUUGCACUCCAGCUCCUAUAAAGAGUUGAAGGAUCUUAAGGCAAGUUUCUCUCAGAAAGACAAGGAUAAUGCCUCGUCAAGUCCAAAUGACUCACCUCCGGAUGAUCCCACUGUUUGGUGCUGCCCUUGGGCUCCCGAAAAACAUUCCAGGAUAGCCUUAAGACCCUACUGCAUUGCAUCAUUAGCUUUUGUUGAAAAAAAGAAUGGAGGACUGAAGCUAAUCAUUCAGAAUGCCAUCAAGAUAGCCUGAAAGUACCUUAACUGUGCACCUACAGCUUCCAAGAAAGCAGAUACUCUGCAAACCACUGCCUGAGUGGACAGGAACUCAACUUACUUAGCAUUGUUAUAUUGAUAUGACACAGGCAUCAGACACCACAGCAUUUUGGUACAUUGUUUCUGAUCAAGAAGUCUCAAACUUAAUUAAUGUGUGACAGACGUAUACUCUGAUGUGCCUUUCUGCCUUGCUGGGGCUGAGGGCACUCAGCAAAUCAUAUUCUCUGUCCCACUUUUCAUCACAUUUAGGUUGGAAGGCUUUGGAUAAUCUUCAGAAUGUCACAGUAUCUGCAGUUAAGGAUGACCUUCAUAAGGCUCUACCUAUGGCAUCCAUGGUGGGAUACAGUUUCUCCUGCUGGUAUCCUUGCUGCUGUUGCUUCAAGUGCAGCCAUAGGGUCAGGCAUGUGUCUGCACAGGACAAGGUUGCUGAGGUUGUCACCAUAGAAAGAACGGUUCAGAAACAAUCUCCAAGAUGCUCAUUUCUUGGUGUUAUACUUUGUCAGCCUACUUAGGACCUAAUCAACAAUCUCCUCAGGUGGAUGCAGGACCCUUGGUUUCUGUUGUCAUUAUGAGUCCCUUCAUUCUUCUUCUACUACUACCUCUUUUAGCCACCAUCAGCACCAGAAAGAGGAGGCCUCUUUGCUAACCAAGAAAGGUUCUCAACCAUAAUGCAGAUCUGUUCACCACAUUGCUGGCUAUUUUUCCAACAGGAAGACAAUGUCUGCCAACUUUGCCAUAAUACUUUCAUCUGGGACUACACAUUGUGGCAGUUCUCAAAUUUCACUCCACCAUAUUUAGCCAUCAUAAAACAGUGACAGACAAAGCACCACAGUCCAUGAUUUGGAGCAUCUCAGUCCACUGUCAAAAGGAGCUCCCACUGGCAGACCUGUGUCAUGGGGCAGUCACAGACUAUAUUGUUCAAAGGGACUGUAGAAACCGUCCCACAUUUGGACAAAGGUCAGGAGUUUCUCAAGAUGACUUCUUUCCAAUUCUGAUCCUCAGUGAGUUCAUCCAACACAUGUAUUAUGCGAAGUGUUGGAUAUUUGUACUGCAAGGGAUUAUACCUUUGCCCCCACAGGGCACCUGGAUGGCUGUGCUGGGCAUAAUGUAUGACACUUUACAAAUUAACAUUUAGAGUCCUUGUUAGAGAGCCUUCUAUCUUGUUUUUAGUGAUCAUCACUUCCAUUGCAAAAUACCACAAUCUGGGCUUUUCUCAAUGCCGAGUCUUCACCAGAUUUUGGCAGUGUUGUCUUAAGCUUUGUAAAAGCAGGCUGUCCCGGUAUUUUCAUACCCAAAUGGCUGGCUCUUAGCGUCUCUGUUUGGGGCCUCCAUGGAGGAGUCUGCUUGUAAACAUUGCUCUAGUUGCAGUUCCUGGAGAUGACCACACAUUGGAGGAUGUCUUCUAUGACUCCUACGUAAAUGUGAAGCUGAUGUCUCAUCCAGCAAGGACCUGGAUGUUCUUCAGUGUCGAUUAUUCAUACAUUUUUGAGAGUGCUCAGGAGAACAUGGCAUUGACUGACUGGGUGAGAGCACAUUGAAGAAUCUAGGCUCUGACUGUGCUGCACCUUGUGAGCUUGAUACUUGCUAUAAUUGUUGUGGUGCCAUUUGCAAAACUGAAGAUGUGGAUUUUACAAUGGAUUGUGAGAUGUCUUUGGUUUCAAAGCCACUAAACCCUCAAUGACUGGAUUUUGGCAUUGGACCUUCCAGACCCUGGAGUGGUGAAUAUUUCUCACCAUUUUUCAAGUGGGUCUUUUCUUCUGCAACUAUGCUAGUCGCAGAUACUGAUAAUAAAAGGUUUAAGAGUUGAUGGGGGGUCUCACUUAAGUUUCCACAUGGUAAGCAAGUCUUUUAACCCUAAAAGGUCUUGUAGGGGAAUCUGGUUCUAGAGCUAUUCAGCUUCUGGUAGCACAAUGAACUCAUUAGACGUUUAUAUUGCCCCUGUGUAGUGAAACAGUGCUCAUGUGGCAGUGGGCUAUAGAGAGGGUACAAUAUUAUCAGUGAUGCCUAUGACUUUCAUGUCCUACAAGAGAGUCACAGAAUUUGCAAGAGACCGCAGAAGUUUGCAUUGAGUAGAAAACAUGUAAGCAGAUUACAGCCCCUGCAUAUAUUCUAAAAGAGGUAACACCAAGUGUGGUCCACAGCACCUAAAAAAAGACUAACUAUGUGCACUUCAUGGUAGCUCUGUGUAAAAACUUUUCAUGUCCUUCAGCCUUCAUUCUGCAGCCUGUUUUCAUUUCUGUUUUCUAUGUAUGCACCACCUGGCACCUUAUCAAAUCUGGACCCUUCUAGGUGAAAGGGCAUUUCCAUUUUGAUAGCUCUUCCUUUUCUCACGUCACACUGUACACACAACAAUACCGACCACUUUCCAGAUGUCUGGGAUGCCAUGCAUUACAAUGCCCAUCUCUUUCCAGAUGUCUGGGACACCAUGCAUUUUGUCUGUACCCUAUAUCAGACUCAAAAAUCUGAGGAAUUCAUGUUAUGGUGUGGACGUAUCACUCAACCUUCAUUCUACUGCCUAUUUUCUCUUGUUCCAUAUAGAAACUAUCAGACUUGCUGCAAUUUCUGGAUGACUGCAGGUUAUAAGGCACUUACAUUGCUACUUAAUCAUUUUUACACAUAUCACAACAUGAGGAUACAACACUGACCACCACUGGCGAGUUCUUUGGAACAUCACACAUGCAAUCUGGGACCUAGUGCGCUCUAAAAAAAAAUUGGGACUUUUAUGUCAUAGCCUGGGAGCACAGAUGGUUUUGUUAUCCUGUUCAACUUCAACUUCCUUCCCUCACUAAGCUAGAUUGGUUUGUAGAUUCAAACUAGCCCCACCCACUCUUCAGUGCCCAUUCAGAAUUCACUGUCAUUACUCAGUAGGAUAAUAGUACACCACAAAGUUAGUGAUUUCUUGAUGUUCACGCUAUAGAUGCCUGCCCACAUCACACCCUGUGAAAUUGCAUUCUACUUCACCUUAAUGGCUAUCAGUAUCCUAAAUAGAAAUGCUGUUUUGUCAAGACAAUUAACAUAACGAUACUAAGUACUCAGUGCCUGCAAAUUAUAAAUAAAUGUACUUUUCUAGUGACUAAACUGCCAUGCACUCAAAGCGAAUUGCUACCAUUUCAGGAAACAUAUUUUUUAGAGCUAACAAAGCCAAGUUAUCAGAACUAUGCUUACUCUGUAUCAUGUGUACUACUCUCAGGAGAUAUUCACGCACUCGAGGCCCUAAUGCACGCACUCGAGGCCCUUCUCAGUAUGGAGAACAUCUAUGUCUGUGCUGUGACUGAAACCUGGUUCAAGGCUCCUGAGAGCACCCCGGCACUAUCAGGUUUUACCUCAUAUCAU